UGUUGUUGUGCCAACAUGGCGGCGCCCAUGGAGACAAGCUGAGCCGUGUUCACCUAAGGUGGGAACCGAGGCAUUUAAGGAGCCGCAGGCCAGAGCCUGUGAGCAGGGCCUCCCGCCUUCCGGAGAUGGCUUCUCCUUGGCAGAGAAUGGGUUUCUGGGUCUGUCUCCUGAAAAGGCCACUCCGUGGUGGACUGGAUGUCCUCAGCUGGGGAAGGAGAGUGGUUUCUGUAUGUACCCGGGGAAUUUACAGUGCCACGGGACAGUGGACCAGAGAGUACACGCUGCAGACCAGAAAGGAUGUCGAGAAAUGGUGGCACCCGCAAAUAAAAGACCAGGCCUGCAGGACUCCCGAAGCCGACAGGUCAAAGCCCAAGUUCUACGUGCUCUCCAUGUUCCCCUACCCUUCCGGCAAGCUGCACAUGGGCCACGUGCGGGUGUACACCAUCAGCGACGCCAUUGCACGGUUCCAGAGGAUGCGAGGGAUGCAGGUCAUCAACCCCAUGGGAUGGGACGCGUUUGGACUGCCUGCCGAAAACGCCGCCAUCGAGAGGAAGUUGCAUCCAGAAAGCUGGACGCGAAGCAACAUCAAACACAUGAGGAAGCAGCUGGAUCGGCUGGGCCUGUGUUUCAGCUGGGACAGGGAAAUUACUACGUGUUUACCAGAUUACUACAAAUGGACCCAGUAUCUCUUCAUCAAACUCUAUGACGCUGGACUGGCCUAUCAGAAGGAGGCCUUGGUUAACUGGGACCCGGUGGACCACACGGUGCUCGCCAAUGAGCAGGUGGACGAACACGGCUGUUCGUGGCGUUCUGGAGCAAAGGUCGAACAGAAGUACCUCCGACAGUGGUUCAUUAAGACGACAGCUUACGCAAAGGCCAUGCGGGACGGGCUGGCGGACCUGCCGGAGUGGUACGGAAUAAAAGGCAUGCAGGCCCACUGGAUCGGGGACUGCGCGGGCUGCCAUCUGGACUUCGUGUUAAAGGUUGACGGGCAAGUCACAGGAGAAAAGCUGACCGCCUACACGGCCACCCCCGAGGCCAUUUACGGCGCGUCCCACGUUGCUGUCACUCCCAGCCACAGACUCCUGCACGGGCACAGCUCCCUGAAGGAGGCCUUCCGAGAGGCGCUGGUGCCGGGCCAAGACUGCCGCACGCCCGUGACAGCUGUGAACAUGCUCACCCAGCAGGAGGUCCCUGUCGUCAUCUUGGCCGAAGCUGACUUUGAGGGCUCUCUGGAUUCAAAAAUAGGAAUUCCCAGCACCAGCCCAGAGGACACCACCGUGGCCCAGAGCCUGGGCCUUUCCUACUCCCAUGUCAUCGAAACGUCGCCAGACGGCACGGAGAGACUGAGCGGCUCCGCAGAGUUCACAGGUAUGAACCGGCAGGAAGCGUUUCUAGCCCUGACUCAGAAGGCCCGGAGGAUGAGAGUGGGUGGAGAUGUGACAAGUGACAAACUGAAGGACUGGCUGAUCUCCCGGCAGCGGUACUGGGGCACGCCCAUCCCCAUGGUCCACUGCCCGGCCUGCGGCCCUGUGCCCGUGCCCCUGGAGGACUUGCCCGUCACCUUGCCCAGCAUCACAUCCUUCACUGGCAAGGGAGGCUCCCCGCUGGCCAUGGCUUCGGAGUGGGUGAACUGCCCCUGCCCCAGGUGCAAGGGAGCAGCCAAGAGAGAGACAGACACGAUGGAUACCUUUGUCGAUUCUGCCUGGUACUACUUCAGAUACACCGACCCUCACAACCCUCACAGGCCCUUCCGCACCGCGCUGGCCGACUACUGGAUGCCUGUGGAUUUGUACAUUGGAGGGAAAGAACAUGCCGUCAUGCACUUGUUCUAUGCGAGAUUCUUCAGUCAUUUUUGCCACGAUCAAAAAAUGGUCAAACACAGAGAGCCUUUUCAUAAGCUGCUGGCCCAAGGCCUCAUCAAGGGGCAGACGUUUCGCCUACCCUCUGGUCAAUACCUACAGAGAGAAGAUGUAGACCUCACAGGUCCCGUUCCUGUCCAUGCGGAGACGAGGGAGGAGCUGGCGGUGACGUGGGAGAAGAUGAGCAAGUCCAAGCACAAUGGGGUGGACCCCGAGGAGGUGGUUGAGCAGUACGGCAUCGACACGGUCCGCCUCUACCUCCUGUUCGCUGCCCCCCCGGAGAAGGACAUCCUGUGGGACUUGAAGACUGACGCGCUCCCCGGUGUGCUGAGGUGGCAGCAGCGUCUCUGGUCCCUGGUGACACGGUUCAUCGAGGCCAGGGCUUCUGGGGAGGGGCCCCAGCCCCAGCUGCUGAGCGACGCAGAGAAAGCCGAGGCCCGGAAGCUCUGGGAGUACAAGAACUCGGUCAUCUCUCAGGUGACCGCCCACUUCACCGAGGACUUCUCACUGAACUCAGCGGUUUCCCACCUGAUGGGGCUCAGCAGUGCCCUCCUGCAAGCUUCGCGGGGGCUUGUCCUCCACAGCCCCGAGUUUGAGGACGCUCUGGGCGCCCUGCUGGUGAUGGCUGCUCCGAUGGCCCCUCACAUCACCUCCGAGCUCUGGGCAGGAGGCCCCACGCCUACCGACAGGGAAACGCUGGCGGGCCCAGUUCGCUGUAAGUGAGCAUCCUGACUGUUCCGGGAAGGCCGCACUUCCUCACUGUUUUAAAGCGGAAUCUGUGAGGGUCUCUGCCCAAAACCUUGGUGUCCAGGUCCUUCCAUCUGCCAGCAUCCUGUACAAAGCCAUGGGGAGGUUUUGGAGUUCUUCCUGGACAGCUGGGUCGCAGGGCCAGCCGUCCCAGGCCAGCCUGCUGAGCUAAAGAAAGGAUUCUCUCCCUCCAUGACCUCUGCCUUCUGUUCAGGUGUGAGUCUUAACAGGGCCCUUCUGCGGAGCAAACAGAGAGCUCCUUCCUGCUCUGCCCAAGGGCACCGCUGUCGGAAAUGCAGCAGGUCUGUGGGCGAGCUCGAGAGUCCCAGGGCACAGCAGGAUGCAGGCACCUGUCUGGUACCUACUGGACCCGCAGGCCCUGAGGGGCCAUUGCUGCCCUUGGACUGACUGGGCAGCACAGGGCGACCAGAGUCCCGGACAGGAACACGUGCAAAGCUACGACACACAAAUCUGAGAUGCUGGCGUGGAGUCGGCUCGGAGGUCCCCGGGAUUACACAGGCCGGCGCCGCUCUGGGCCGUCUGUGACGGUCUGCAGCGAGCUACAGGGCCUGCCACUACGGGCACAGUCGAGACGGGACGGCUGCUGCUCGGGUGGCGAGUCUGUGGGCCCACAUGGGGCCCGGGUGUGCCACCUCCUCACAGACGGGGCGCAUCGAGUCCCUCGUGGUGAACCAU